GCUUCCCUCUGUUCUGGCUCUUCAGUCCCUGCAGCCCUUCUUGGGUUUCCACUCCUAGCUGAGGUUCAGGCUGGCAGUGCCUUUCUGACACCCACUCUUCUUCCCUUUCCACCAGACGUUUAAACCUCAUUAUCUGGCUAAGUAUAAACCUCACGGGGAGAGCAUUUUAUUUUAGUUUUUCUCUCUCUACAAGUUAACAUGGAGCUGGAUUUCCAGAGUUCAGGCAAAUAGCUAUUUGGUCAGUCACCACCAAGAAAGUAAUUCUCUCAGCACUGCAAGAGAGCUCUGCAUGUAAAGUAUAGAUCCUCUAGGAGAAGUCCUCCUCCUACGCAGACAUGCUAGUGUGCAGGAUGACCCCACUCUGCAAGGAAAGAACCUCAGCUAGGAGGCUGGCACCAGUCCUGUGGCAAGCUGCAACACACACACACACACACACACACACACACACGCACGCACGCACGCACGCACACACGUGUUGAGAGAGUGUGGACCUCUCCUUGGGAAUGUGAUGAGAUGUCCCUUAGAAAGACGCUGUUACUGUCCUUAUGCAAUGUGUAGGUGACAGGGUGGAGGUGCAAGAGACCACUCAGAAGUGCCCAGCUCAAUGAGUUCUGGUGGGGCCAGCACCUAACGGGCCAUCUGCUUGAGCAACCCCCUCUUUCAGAGGCUUCUCCUGGCUGCUCCCAGAUCGAGAAACUGACGCAGUUGGGAACCGAGCUGUGGCAAAGGCAGUCGCCGCCAGGAAGGGAAGCAUCUGCCCCACCCUCCCCCACAGAGCGCCCUCGAUCUUCUGCCUACACCCUCCCCCCGUGACGUCACCUCAGCCCUGUCCCGAGGACUCUGCAAAGCCUCUCAAAUUCAAACUGCUAGACGCACUGCUGCCACUGUCGCCGCCGCCAGAUUGAAAGCGCGCGCCCAGGCUACGCUGUGGCCGCCGCCCGCCGACCCAGCUGGUCGGUUCGGCGAUCGCCCAAAGAAAUCGCAACCUGAUCCCCUCCGCGCAGCGUCCCUCCGCUCUAACCCUCCUCUUCCUUUCUCCUGCCGCCUGCCGGAAUUUUAAUUUCUGCGCACCCCCCCCCCCCCCCCCCGCGCACAUCCCCAAUCAAAUUAAGUCAAGCCACAGAAAGCAGGGCAUUCCCCCACUCCUGGAAGCGGUGUCUUCUUUUACCUUGCUCUCCCUCUCUUUCUGAAGAUGCUAAACUCCUGGCGGACUGCAGAGAAGCGGGGUCCCGUCUUCUCCUGAUGUUUAAAAAAAAAGUAAAGCAAUUUCUGCUGCAAGCCCAAGACGGGCUAGCCUCCUGAGAGCUCUUCGAAAUACCCCAGGGGAGGAGGAGAUGGGCUGGAUUUAAUAGGACAAGUCGAUUACUAAUGACUCCGCGGCUGGCCGCGACCCGCCGGGAAAUCAGGUGCAAGCAUGUUUGCCAGUAGGUACCUGAGCUGACAUCAAAGGUGCUUAAAGAUGCUGAGCGGCAUUUGGUUCCUCAGCGUGUUAACCGUGGCUGGGAUCUUACAGACCGACAGUCGCAAAACUGCCAAAGACAUUUGCAAGAUCCGCUGCUUGUGCGAAGAGAAGGAAAACGUACUGAAUAUUAACUGUGAAAACAAAGGAUUUACAACUGUCAGCUUGCUCCAACCCCCCCAGUACCGAAUCUAUCAGCUUUUUCUCAAUGGAAAUCUCUUGACUAGACUGUACCCAAACGAGUUCGUCAAUUACUCCAAUGCCGUGACUCUUCACCUAGGUAACAACGGGUUACAGGAAAUUCGACCUGGGGCAUUUAGUGGUCUGAAAACCCUCAAGAGACUGCACCUCAAUAACAACAAGCUGGAGGUGUUAAGGGAGGACACUUUUCUGGGUCUGGAGAGUCUGGAGUACCUCCAAGCUGACUACAAUUAUAUCAGCACCAUCGAGGCAGGGGCAUUUAGCAAACUGAAUAAGCUCAAAGUGCUCAUCCUGAACGAUAACCUUUUGUUGUCUUUGCCCAGCAAUGUGUUUCGCUUUGUCCUGCUAACCCACUUAGACCUGAGGGGAAACAGGUUGAAAGUCAUGCCUUUCGCUGGUGUCCUUGAACACAUAGGAGGAAUCAUGGAGAUUCAGCUGGAAGAAAAUCCAUGGAAUUGCACCUGUGACUUACUUCCUCUCAAGGCUUGGCUGGACACCAUUACUGUUUUUGUGGGGGAGAUUGUGUGUGAAACUCCCUUCAGGUUGCACGGGAAAGACGUGACCCAACUGACCAGGCAAGAUCUCUGUCCUAGAAAAAGUGCCAGCAGUGACUCCAGUCAGAGGGGCAGCCAUGGAGACACACACGUCCAAAGGCUAUCCCCCACAGUGAAUCCUGCUCUCAACCCAACCAGGGCUCCUAAAGCCAGCCGGCCACCUAAAAUGAGAAAUCGUCCAACCCCCCGAGUGACUGUGUCAAAGGACAGGCAGAGCUUUGGGCCAAUUAUGGUGUAUCAGACCAAGUCUCCUGUGGCCCUCACUUGUCCUAGCAGCUGUGUCUGCACCUCUCAGAGUUCUGACAAUGGUCUAAAUGUUAAUUGCCAAGAAAGGAAGUUCACUAACAUCUCUGACUUGCAGCCCAAACCUACCAGUCCAAAGAAGCUUUACCUAACAGGGAAUUAUCUUCAAACAGUCUAUAAGAAUGACCUCUUAGAAUACAGUUCAUUGGAUCUGUUGCACUUAGGAAACAACAGGAUUGCAGUCAUUCAGGAAGGUGCCUUUACAAACCUGACCAGUUUACGCAGACUUUAUCUAAAUGGCAAUUACCUUGAAGUGCUGUAUCCUUCUAUGUUUGAUGGACUGCAGAGCUUGCAGUAUCUCUAUUUAGAGUAUAAUGUCAUUAAGGAAAUUAAGCCACUGACCUUUGAUGCUUUGAUUAACCUACAGCUUCUGUUUCUGAAUAACAACCUGCUUCGGUCCUUACCUGAUAAUAUAUUUGGGGGCACAGCUCUCACUAGGCUGAAUCUGAGAAACAACCAUUUUUCACACCUGCCUGUGAAAGGGGUUCUGGACCAGCUUCCAGCUUUUAUCCAGAUAGAUCUACAAGAAAAUCCAUGGGACUGCACCUGUGACAUCAUGGGCCUGAAGGACUGGACUGAACAUGCCAAUUCUCCUGUCAUCAUCAAUGAGGUGACUUGUGAGUCUCCUGCUAAGCAUGCAGGGGAGAUACUGAAGUUUCUAGGAAGGGAAGCUAUUUGUCCAGAUAAUCCUAACUUGUCAGAUGGGACAAUUUUAUCAAUGAAUCACAACACAGACACACCUCGUUCGCUUAGUGUGUCUCCCAGUUCCUAUCCUGAACUACACACAGAAGUUCCACUUUCCGUCUUAAUUUUAGGAUUGCUUGUUGUUUUUAUCCUGUCCGUCUGUUUUGGGGCAGGGUUGUUUGUCUUUGUCCUGAAACGCCGAAAGGGAGUCCCAAGUGUUCCCAGGAGUGCCACCAACUUAGACGUAAGUUCCUUCCAAUUACAGUAUGGGUCCUACAACACUGAGACUAAUGAUAAAACUGAUGGUCAUGUCUAUAACUACAUCCCCCCACCCGUGGGUCAGAUGUGCCAAAACCCCAUCUACAUGCAGAAGGAAGGAGACCCAGUAGCCUAUUACCGAAACCUGCAAGAGUUCAGCUACGGCAACCUGGAGGAGAAGAAAGAAGAGCCAGCCACGCUUGCUUACACAAUAAGUGCCACCGAGCUGCUAGAAAAGCAGGCCACACCACGAGAACCAGAGCUGCUCUAUCAAAAUAUUGCUGAGCGAGUCAAGGAACUCCCCAGUGCAGGCCUUGUCACCUAUAACUUUUGUACCUUACCUAAAAGGCAGUUUGCCCCUUCAUAUGAAUCUCGACGCCAAAAUCAAGACAGAAUCAAUAAAACCGUUUUAUAUGGAACUCCCAGGAAAUGCUUUGUGGGGCAGUCAAAGCCAGACCACCCUUUACUGCAAGCUAAGCCACAAUCAGAACCAGACUACCUCGAAGUUCUGGAAAAACAAACUGCAAUCAGUCAGCUGUGAAGGGAAAUCAUUUACAAGCCAGUAGCAUCAAAAGAUGCUGCUAACUGGUGGAAGGCCUGCAUCUGCUUUCCUGCUGGUUUGUGUUCUCCCUGUCCCAUGGUGAUGGGAGCCUUCAGAAAAUGUUUGGGAGAUAAAGUGAAGCAAUGAUACUUGUCUUGCAAGUGUUCCUUUAAAUUAUUUCUCUCUUACUCUCCCACCCCUACUCCCCCAACCCCUCUCUUCUUAGGAACCAUCAGUGAACAUGAAUGUUUCUACAAUGCAUUUUUUAUGUUUUGUUUAUUGCC